UUGAGUAAGUUAUCUUUAGGGGCUUCUUGAACCACGAGAUGAUGGCUGAGUGUAUUCCUUUGGCAAUUCGAUUGGAUGAAGGUGUGAAGAUCCCUUUAGCCUCGCUGAUGCUAGGUACGCUCUAUCACAUACUUGAUUUGUUCCACUUUGAUGAGAUUCUCGAUGCUAGCUAUUACAUCAUUGAGUCACCUGAAUAUCCCAUGGUGAAGUGUGGUUACACCAGCAGAAUAGCGAUGUUAACUUGCUCUUGGAUAGGAAAGAGAAAAAUGAAGGGACAGAUAAUCCCAGAAGUUGAUGGCCUUCUUCAUGACUAUGGCAGCUUUAAUUUUCAUGCGUACAAGACAAUGCCAGGGAUAUUUGCUCCACCCAAGGUGAGCCUCUUUGACAAGACACUCCCAACGGUGCUUGGGAGUCAGAUUGUGGAAUUUACCAUGGGAAACUCAAGUCAUGUGGACAUGCUAGUGGUGAUCACGCCAUCCAUGCUGCCGUGCAUGACAUGGCGGGGGACAUGGAGUCUAGAGUGCUACUGUCCAAAGAGAGUUGCGAGACAAUUUGGUUAUGAUCAGGAUCGAGGUGUCACGGCACGCAAGUUCGGGGGCCGAAGUCAUGGGCAUCAUGGCACGGAGCUGCAGCCACAGGCACACAGGGGGUCUGUGCAGCGUCCAGCAGACAUGCCAAGCAGCAUCGUAGAGUGUGAGCGCAUACAUGAGGAUAGACGCGAGCACGAGCAUGGGCUCGGGGGUGACGUGGAUGGGCGCGCUAGAGUGUCCUGGCCCGAGACAUGGGUGCACGCACGGGCAAGCUGGGUCGAGGCGCUAGCACGCAUGGGUGCGUACGGCUCGAGGCACUGGGGCAUGCGAGCGGAAGCACGGGUGUGGGCGCCAGCACGACAUGGAACGCUUAAGAGGCGGGCCUGGCAUGAGUUGGCAGUGUCAAUGCCAAGGUCGUUGCAUGGGGUCGCGGGGACACUGCUGAAGAAGUUUGAAGCUUUCAUUCAAUCAUUGUCGAAAGUGGUGGAGUAUGAUCUUGCUUCUUGGGAUUGUGAACGUCUUUUUACCCAUAGUAAUUCUUUCUUCAGUUAUUGCAGCAAACACUCUUGGGGGUUUCUGACUAGGGAGGAUAAUGGACAGUGGGUACCCGUCUGUGUUCCCAUUCUUGGCAUGGUGGAAGAGGAGUAUGACCAGGCUGAUGUCGUUGCUUGGUUCUUCUUUCAUCUAAGAACUUGGCUGGAUUGCAUUAGUGCUAAAGAAUGCUUCAUGUUCCCAUGCCUUUCUCAUGACAUUGCAAAAGGAGCCAAUGAAGCUACCCCUCCAAGGAGGUCAGUUCUAGGUAAAAGGAAAAGUGUUGCCCAUCUACCUAAGAGUAGAGCACAUAGAACUUCUUCUUCGCCAACCAGCAAGCAAAGUAAGGCUAAAGCGCCCACACCCUUCAAGUCAGCAUCUUCUAACGAAGGCUUUGGUAUGAUCCCCAUUCCUAGUGACGAUAAACUUUCGUCCAAGUCUGAAGAGGCUAAGUGGGUGGAAGCCUUAGCAGUGAACAUGGAGGAAGCCUUGGCAAACCUUGAAACUAAGGGAGGUGUGAAGAUCUCAUAUGGCACCCCCAAUAUGACAAAAAAGCCCAAAACAAUAAAGACUCAACUAGAAGUGACGCCACGUCCCAUUAGCAAACUACCUCCUUUGAGGGGUGGUGACUUCGAAUUGGUUCCUGGGGGAUUUAUACCAACAAGGAAAACUGGUGCUGCCAUCAAUGAGAAAGGUAGCAUUGGCACGAACAAGGUUGCCCCCGUAGAAUUCGAAUCAGACAUGGGUGAUGCUACGAAUAAAUUCAUCUCCAGUAAAGGCAAAAUGGACACUAUCAUGCCAGUCAUGAGCUCGACGAAGAAAGUUGCCAGCCCUAGCGAGGCCGACCAUAAUGGUCAGCCAUCCGCAGCUCCAACUAAGUCAGGUGAGAUCAACGAUUCGGCCAUGAGGCUGCUCAAGAAUCUUGACAAGAUGAACGAGGAAAGGGAUGUCUCAUUGGCUCGGUUUGGCUUAGUUCCCCUAGGUGGUUCACGAGCGGUGGGCAGCAAAGCCAACACAGUGGUGGUCGAGGAUGCCUUCUCAAUCCUUUGUGCGAUCAUGCGGCACAUAGAGGUAACUCCCUUCGCUAAAAUGUGUGAAGGCUUCUUCUAUUUGUGUAGAGAUGCCCUUGACGAUGCUGAGAGUAUAAACUUUGAAAUCGAUGCCGUUCGCACUCAUUUAUCAAACUUGGCAAAGGCAUACCUUGGGAAGAUUGAGUUUGGCACGACCGGAGGUGACAUGGCUGAGGGCUUGGACGAGCGAAUUAGGGAGUAGGCGAAGCAUAUAAAAAAGAUGGAGAAGUCUUUGGUGGAGACAAAAGAGCUCAUCGUCAAGCUAGAUGAAAGAUUGGUGUCAGCCAAGGCGUAUCUUAGAUUGCUCAAUCAAGAAAAAGAACAUUU